UGGAUUAAUGAUGUAUUGGACCUGCAGGUGCAUCCCUCUGUGGACCCUGGUCGUCUUCACAUCUGGAACAAAAGCUGGAUUGAAUUUGUCUGAGGAAGAUGUUUUGCUUUUGAAAGAUGAACCAAACCCAAAAUGUCUGACUCGGAUGCUGGAUCCAAACGACUUCACCUGUUUCUUUAAAACGAAAGACAACGCUUCAUACAACUUCUACUACACCAUAGACAAUCCUCCCAGAAGAACCAGGUGUGAGCUGCAUCUCCAAACAUCAGUGGACUCAGACUUCCUCCACGUCUGUUCCUUCCCUGAGUCUGAUGUUUUCCUGUUCGAUGACAUCCUUCUGGAAGUUCUGGACCAGACCAACAGCAGCCUGUACACCCGGACGGUCACUGUGGAGGACAACAUUCUUCCAGAGCCGCCCGACAGCGUCUCCAUCACACAAACUGAAAACAUCAGAGAGCUGAAGAUUUCGUGGAAGUCCAAAUGCACCUUUACUUCAUUCUAUAAGAUCAGACUCGCCUCCAAAACCUCGAGGGAGAAAAUAAAACAGGGUCAGAACAAAUUCCGUGAGACUUUGACCGGCCUGUUGCCUGGAGAACAGGUCAAAGUUCAAGUGUGUGUCCGCUGCUCGCCCAGUAGAAACACAGGACACUGGAGUCGCUGGACAGCACACGUACAGGCUGUGGUCCCCCAGUCCGCAGAGGACGUGUCCCUGCAGUGCCACACGGAGGAUCUGAGGAGUAUCACAUGUCGGUGGGACGGGAGCCGAUACCACACAGGGACGCAGUACAGAUUGUACUACAAGACGUACUACAAUACAGGACUGAGCGACUCUCCAGGUUGGACAAAGUGGACUGAGUGCUUCCCUGAGGAUAAUAGGACAGACCUGUGUGUUUUUUAUGGAGAUGAGCACAAUAAACUCAGAGUAAAGGUCAGCGACCCCCUGGCUCCACUCAACAGGACCUUCUACAGUGAAGACUUCAAACUCAACCACAUAAUCAAACCCCCUGCUCCGAGUCGUCUUAAACAGAAUGAAACAGAUAAGCUGUGUGUGUCCUGGGACCCUCCUCUCCCUGCGCUGUUGUCCCACCUGCAGUACGACGUCAGCUACAAACCAGCAGCUGACCAGCACUGGAUGACUCUUUCCUUGACCGGCCCAGAGACAGCAGUGUGUCUGAAGGUCUCCUGGAGCUGUCCGUUUAACGUCAAAAUCCGAGCAAAGGCUUUUGGGCCUCUGUACUCGGGUCAGUGGAGCGACUGGUCCUGUGUGCUCACUGCAGACGUCCCAGCUGCCUCGCCAUCUCGCGUCAUGCUGCUCGUUCAGUGGAGUCCUGUUUUUCUUCUGGGCUUUGUCGUCAUCUUCAUGUUCUUGUUUUCCAAGCUUUUUAGGAAGCUGAAGCAGUAUUUUUGGCCACCUGUUCCUAACCUUGACAAAAUCCUUCAAGACUUUCUAUCGGACCUGAACCAGCACAAAUGGGAGGCUCCACCCACAGCCAAACAGUUGUACUCAGAAUCCACUGCGUCUGUCAUAGAAGUCCUGUCCAAAGACUAUGACUCGGGCGUGGAGGACACUUUGGACAGAUGUACAAGCCUCCUCUCCUCCUCGGACACCUCGUACUCCAGCAUGGGACAGGAGAACGACAGCAUGGACGCGGAACUGUACCCAGACUACGUGGCUCUUAACAAAAACACUGUUAUUAUGUGCUCCAAGGAUAACAGCUACAUCUACGAAGAUCUGCUGCUGGGCAAGAAGAAAGAGGAUGGAAGUGUGAAGAUGGAGCCAAACUCAACGCAGCCGUCUGAGGAUUCGUUAGGAACGUCGGACUUCCUGAACCAUUCCUACCUCCUCCUCGCUACGGAUAGUCUGGACUGUAAAGAGAACGAGCAGAGACAUGGGAAUAUCUACACAAACAUGCCAUGGAAAUAG